AUGAGUCUCAGCGUCGGCACCUCGUCGCUGCCUGUCGACAGCUUCUCCGACCCCUACGACCCCGCAUACCGCUGCCGCCCGCCUAACUCUACCACCGGACUUCACCGCUCUCACGCUAACGAGCAUCAACCGAUUCUUCUAGGAAGCCGAGGCGCAUUCAACGGCGCCCCAGACAUGGCGCCGCCACCACACAUGCGGCCACCGCCGUCCGUUUUUGGGGAAACAUUCUUACCCGACCAGGGAUUUCCGGGUCCUCCUUUCGGCGCGGACACGAUGGCGCCUCCUAUUGGCGAGUGGGGGUCGGCGAGAGGGGCGGUGGUCAUCCGCAGCGGCGAUGACGACGACCAGUCGCGCCACGUCCCCAUCACCUACCGCCCGCCGCCCCAUCCGCCCCGUCCGUGCGGCUCUCAAGCUCCGCCAGCCCCGGCGCUGCACCUGGCGGAGGGCGUGACGAUAAGGAAGGGCAACGACGACGACUUCGACGCAUCGCAGGCCUUUCCGCUUUCCGCCAGCAGCUUCCGCAUCAGCCCCCCGCAGGCACCUCCGCAUCUCCGUCGGCUCGACCCCGCUUUCCCCGUCACCGAGUAUCCCCCGACUGCCGCAGCCGCGCCGUCUUUCUACGGCUACGGCGGCCGCGGCGACUUCGGGGCUUAUAACUCCAGCCCGCAGCGCUUCGACGGCGCGGGUCGCGUCUCCCCUCCGCAAUACGGAGGCGUUGGCGCAGGCCGCACGGGCGGGUCCCCGCAGAUGUAUGCAGCGGGCGGAAGGGACAGCGGGGUGGAAUGGCCGGGGCAUCAGUUCGGCAGCGACCCGGGCAGGGGCAGGCGGAGCUUGGACGGGGGUACUGCGCGCAUGGGCAUGGGGGCGAUGGGUGUGAGGGACGCGAAUGCGGCCGGCGAGCUCCGCGAAAUGGCGGGCGUAGGCGGCAUGCGGCCAGGGCAAGGCGUGUUCACGUCGCGGUCGUAUGACGAGCAGAGGAACCGCGAAAUGUACGGCGAGAGGCCCGGGGCAAUGCGCGGAGCAGUGUGCGCGGAUGGCAUAGGUAACGAGGGAAGCUGGCGGAGCGGGGGCGAGUACUACCCGGGCGAGCGGGAGGCGGAAGGGCGAAGCGGCGGCGGGAGCCAUCAGAGCGCGCUGUCGCUGAAGGAGGAGCUCGCGGCGCUCGACUUGGGCAGCGAUGGCGCGCACGACGAAGCGCCUCUGCGGAGCUCCCAGCAACCCAACUCCGACGAAAGCUGGUGCCGACUUCUCCAUAUAUUCCUCCACCUCUCUCUCCCUCCCAUUCCGCUCUCGCUACCCAACGUCGGGCUUUCCUCCUGGCAGCAGUGGGGUGUGGGGGGAUCCGUGGUGGCGGAGAGUGAUGCAGGGAGUGUGAUGGGCGGAGGGGGGGCGGGAGCAGGCGGCGAUUGCCGUCUUUUUACGCAAGAGCAGCUGGCGAGGGCAACGGACAACUGGAACCCGGCGAAUCAACUCGGGAAGGGCGCCUUCGGCACGGUGUACCGGGGUCGAGUGAUGGGGUGUGAAGUGGCAGUGAAGCGGCUGGAGGGCAGCAGCUGGCAGGGCCCCGAUGAGUACAUGACGGAGGUGGAGGUGCUGAGCCGCAUGCGCCACCCCCACAUCGUGCUGCUCAUGGGCCACUGCCCCGACGCCAUGUGUCUCGUCUACGAGUACCUGCCAGGUGGCUCCCUGCAGGACCACCUCAAGCCCACCGCCGGGCGGCGGCCUUUGUCUGUGGUGGAGCGGGUGCGGGUGGCAUCAGAGGUGGCGUCGGCGCUGCUGUUCCUGCACCACCACGACCCGCCCAUCGCCCACCGCGACCUCAAGCCCGACAACGUGCUGCUUGACGCCAACCGCGGCUGCAAGCUGGCCGAUGUGGGCCUGGCGCGCCUCAUUGCGGAGGAUGACGCCACCACCACGCGCGUGCGCGGCACCGUGGGGUAUAUCGACCCGGAGGAGGUGCUCACCUUUGAGAUCAGCGUGCUGUCGGAUGUGUAUGCCCUCGGGCUCGUCAUGCUGCAGCUGCUGACAGGCGAGGCGGGCAUCAAGAGCCUGCACAGGCGCAUCAAGCCCUUUCAGGACGCCCUCGACAGGUAUUGGGAACAGGGAGGCGCUGUCGGCAGCAGCAGCAGCAGCAGCAGCGGCAGCCCCAUGGUGCAGGCCGUGGCAGCGCUGGUGUCAGAGCACCUGGACGUCUCGGGCGGCGAGUGGCCGCUGUCCGUUGCUUGCCAGCUGGCAGAGUGGGGCCUGCGGUGUGCCGCCCGGCAGCGAGCAUGCCGCCCGGAUCUGGCGGGCGAGCUGCAGCCAGCCUUGCAUGGGCUGGUGGAGGAGAUGGAGGCGGGGGAGAGGCAACGGCAGCAGAGCUUUGAGGACCAGUUUGUGUGCCCACUCUCACAUAUGAGAAUGACUGACCCAGUAGUGGCAGCAGAUGGCUUCACCUACGAGCGCAGAAGCAUAGAGGAGUGGCUCAAAACGCAUGACACAUCACCAUCCACUCAUGAACCAUUGCCACAUAAAUACCUCACACCCAAUCAUUCACUGCGCAUGCUGUUGCAGUAA